AUGCGGCUGAGCAAACCACAGAGCAGCCAGCCAGGGGAGCGGUGGCCACAGCAGCGAGUGACAGCCAGUGCACAUGGCUGGGGACACCGGGAUGGCCGGGAAGCCCAGACCCUCGGCCUCGCUGGUGCCCAGACCACCCAGCUCCUGGUGGAGCCCCCCUGGAGGCCGGCGGUGCUGUGGGACCGGGUGACACUGACCUGCCAGGGCUCGGGGACCACCGGUGCCACCACCUGGUACAAGGACGGGCAGCGCUGGGGGCAGCAGGGACCUGAACACCUCACUGUCACCGAGAGUGGCACCUACACAUGUGACAGACCUGGCAUCAGCCUCAGUCCCCCUGUGACUGUCUCAGACAGCCCGCUGGUGCUGCAGGUGCCGGCACAGGCGCUGCGAGGGGACACGGUGACACUGCACUGCCAGGGCUGGUGGAACUGCACGGUCACCUCGGUGUCCUUCUACCAUGAGGAGAAGCGUCCAGGGGGGCUCCGUGAUGGCACCAAGCUGUCCCUGUCCCCUCUGCAGCUGCACCUCAGCAGUCACUACAGCUAGGGUCUGGUGAAAUCCUGGUGGUCAGGGAGAUCAUGAAAUUCGGCACCGGUGACAGUGACAGGGCACGAGCUCUUCUUGUUGCCGGUGCUGGAGGGUCCCCCCAAGCACUCUGAGGGGUCCCCCCUGACUCUCAGCUGCCUCAGCACCCCCAGCCCCCUGAGGCACCGAGCCCCCCUCCUGCACGUGUUCUACCGGGACGGGCAGGUGGUGGGGGGCCAGCAGGGGUCCCUGCAGCUGCUGGUGCCCGCCGUGAGGGUCUCCCACUCGGGGAAUUACAGCUGCCAGCUGCACUCCGAGGGGGGUGCUGUGCAAAAGAGCAGCGCCCGGCUCUGUGUCAUGGUGCGCAGUGAGGGUCCUGCUUCCGGGGUGUCCCUGUCAGCACAGCCCCCCGGGGGACAGAUGGCACUCAGGGACAGCCUGGUUCUGAGCUGCAUGGUGGCCGUGGGGACAGGUCCCCUGUCCUGUUCCUGGCACCAGGAGGGCUCGGGGGCACCACCGGGCACCGGCUGCUGCCUGGAGCUGAGCCACAUUGGGGACAGUGACAGCGGCCAGUACCGGUGCCGGGUCAGUGACGGGGACAGCGUGGCCGAGAGUGACCCCAUGAAUGUCACUGUCCUAGUGCCCGUGGCCAAUGCCACCAUCACCCCUGGUCCCCUGUCACACCAGGUGCGUGCAGGUGACCCUGUGACCCUGCACUGCUCAGUGCAGGUGGGAUCAGCUCCUGUCACCUUCACCUGGCUGCAGAACAGGCUGGAGGUGCCCCAGGGUCCCCUCCUGGAGCUUGGAGACAUCAAUGUGGGACAUUCAGGCACCUACAAGUGCGUGGCCACCAACCAGCUGGGACAGGACGGGCACCAUGUGUUCCAGGCACUCAGCCCUGAGCUGGCCCUGGAGGUGACACCACGGGGAUACUGCAACAAAGGUGGGGUCCCACAGGUGGCCGCAGGGGUCAGUGGGGCCCUUUUGUUCCUGCUCCUGCUCGUGGGUGUCAUUGUGGCCUGGCAGUGGUGGCACCGUAGGCCCCCAGGCCCCCCGGAUCCCCCGGCCCCCCCAGAGGAGGGGGAGGUGCUGUACACCCACGUCGUGGUCACCAAGAGGGCAGGGGCGUCCCCCCGUGCCACCACCCUCCAGGAUCCCCAGGUGACCAACGCGGAGCUGCAGGGACCCCAGGGGCGACCGCGGGAACCCGGUGACAUCUACGGGAAUGUGCUGUGACACUGGGGGGAACUGGGGGCACUGGGGGUCCCCACCCAUGGGCACCCACUCAUGUCUGUGCUGCCACUAAA